AUGCUCCGACUGACGACGCUCCACUGGUGGCGUCAAGGACACGGAAGCCUAGAAACCCUGAAGCCGAGAGCCACCACGGGUAACGCCGUCGCGACUCGCCGCCGCAGCCGAUCUCCGGCGAUGGCCACUAACACCGGGAAACCUCUCUCCACCAGAGCCCCUGCCGUCGUCUCAACCUUUCCGUCUGCGGCGGAUGAAUCUUUCGAUUUCUCCUCCGAUUCGAAGGCGCCGAAGCUCCGUGUCUCCGAAGAUCAGCUGCGUCACUGCUCAGAGGCUCUCGUGAGCUUCAAAGCCAAGAGGUUCGGUUCCCCUCAGACGAUCCACCAGGAGUUCCAGAUCUUGCAGGCAAAUAGGCUGACAGCUUCAGAGAUGAGGAAUAGAUGUAACAUGGCUCUUAAUGGCGUAAAUUACUCCAAGAACCGUUAUACAGAUGUUUUGCCAUUUGAUGAUAACAGGGUGAUCUUGAAACAAUGUGCGGAUUACAGAUCAUCAGCUGGUGGAUAUAUCAAUGCAAGCUUGAUCAUGACUUCUGAAAAUGUGUCUUGGUUUAUUGCGACUCAAGGUCCGCUUUCACACACUUCUGAGGAUUUUUGGGAAAUGAUACUCCAGUAUCGCUGCCCUGUAAUAAUUAUGCUCACUCGCUUGAUCGACAAUUACCAUACAGUGAAGUGCAUAGAUUAUUUCCAAGCAGAGGAUGGACCUAGAGGGUUUGGCAACACAUGCAUUUCCACAAAGUGGAUACAAACACUGGACAACUCAUUGAUAUUGCGAUGCUUAGAAGUUAAACACAAAGAGUCAGAGGAACCCCCAUUAUCUGUUCUGCACGUUCAGUAUCCUGAAUGGCCUGAUCAUGGAGUUCCGAGAGACACUCUUGCUGUUCGUGAGAUCUAUAAGAGAAUAUCUAAUGUCCCGCCCAGUCUCGGGCCUAUUGUUGUUCACUGCAGCGCUGGUAUUGGUAGGACGGGAACAUAUUGCGUUAUCCACAAUACAAUCCAGAGGGUUCUUAUGGGUGACAUGACUGCUUUGGACCUUGUUAAUACCAUAACCACUUUUAGGUCACAGCGUAUAGGAAUGGUGCAAACUAUGGAGCAGUACCUGUUCUGCUAUGAUGCAAUUAUCGAUGAACUCGAGGACCUCACUGCAAAUGGCAAGGCUCAGGGCAGUUUAUGA